AUGAAAUCUCCUUAAAAAGAUUUUGAUUCAACAUAAAUUGAUAAAAAGAUGAGUUCCUUUUGGUAAUUUAAAAACAUAUCAAACUUACCUCUUAAUAUCAGUUUUGAUAGAUUCAAUGUGUAUUCUGAAAAGAAGAAAACGUUUAAAGUGAUAGAGAUAGCUAAGAUGAGGAGUUUGAUCUUUAAGAAAAAGAAGAAUCAAGUAUAAAUGAUAUUUGAUUUUAGACUGGAUAUAUGAUAGUAGAUAUAACAGAUUGUAUUAUAUCAAUAGUAGAAAACAAUCAUAUUGGUCAUGGACUUUCCUUUACUAAGUCAACCUUUAAGUUUCUAAUAUUUGGGUCUUUAAUUCUGGAUUGGUUUGAAUCAUUAAAAAAAUAUUGUUAUUAGACAGAAUUUAGUAAUAAGUAUGAGUUAUUAAAUUUACUUAAUAGAGGAUCAUCAUACAAAGUAUCAAUUUAUAAUAAAUUAGGUAUACGAAGCAAUUAAUAUCUACGAAUAAACUAAUUAUACUGUGAAAGUAUAUGAGAAAUAAAUAUUAACAAAAUAAUCUGAUAUUGAUGCAAUCAAAAAGGAAAUUUAAAUCUUUAGAUUAAUGAAUCAUCCUGGAGUUGUAAAUUUGAUAGAAGUAUUUGAAAAUGAAUAAGAAUUUCUAAUUGUAUAUGAUUCAUUUGAAGGAGGUACUUUAACUGAUUUGAUAAAAAAAUAUCAAAUACCAGAAUAAUAAGCAAUUAAGAUAAUGUUCCGAUUGCUUAAUUCAAUAAGUUAUAUUCAUGAACAAUGUGUUCUUCAUAGAAAUUUAAAACCAGAAAAUAUCUUAGUAAAGAAUCCUUUGGCUCCAUAUAAUGUUUAAAUUAGUGAUUUUAGUCUUGCAGAUUUCUUUAGAAGAGAUGUUAAAUAUUUAUUUACUCGUUGUGGUACUCCUGGUUAUGUGGCUCCAGAAAUUCUAUAAGAUAAAAGUUAUGAUUUUAAAGUUGAUGUCUACAGUUUAGGUGUUAUCUUCUAUACUAUGUUAUCUGGAGGUAUUUCACCAUUUCCAACCAAAAAUUAUGAUGAAAGGAUAUUUCUCAAUUAUCAUGGUCAAAUUGAUUACUCUAUAAUAGAUGCAUCAUCUGAUGCACUUGAUUUAUUAAAGUAGAUGCUUGAAAUCAAUCCAUAGAAACGUAUUAAUUCAUCUUAAGCAAUUUGGCAUUCUGUAUUCAAAGGUUUACAUAAACUUAAAAUUACUAGUCUAGAAUCAGAAAAGAGAAAUUCUUCAAUUAAAUUAACUAUUAAAUAAAGUCUACCUCCUAAAACUAUUGAGAAUCUAAAAUUAAUCCCUUGUCCUAUUAAUUAAUUACCUCCUUCUUCAAAAUAAUAUUAGAGAAGAUAGAAAUUUAGAAUCACAUUUAAAAAUAGCCGCUAAACAUUAAGUAAUGCUUCAUCUCCUAUGAUGUCACCAGGAAAGAAACUAUUUUCAACAUAAUCACAAAGAACACUCUUUUCUAAUUUCACUUGA